CAUCCACGAGCCAGCCACUCACUCACUUCCUGUUUACGUCUCCACAAAUGACGUCACGCGGAUAACAUUCAACGAAGAGUUUCAGUACUGAAACAACAGAUAACUUAAGCAACAACUGUACCGUUCUCUUGUGACGGCUGGAUUCAAAUAGCCUGUUUGUUACCUACGUACCGGAGCACCGCAGAGAGCAGACGACCAGUGGUUUCACCUGUGCUACUCAUAUUUUAGGAGCGAAGAAAGCUAGCCGGGCUGUUAAGUUAAGCUAACGUUAAGUAGGUAGCUGGUAGCUAGCUAGCGAGUUAGCAACAGAAACUCAACAGCACUUCAUCAUUUCACUGAGUGCUCAACGUCUGUCAGUAUGGAGAAUAAAUAUAACCUUAAGAGUCCAGCGGUAAAGAGGCUGAUGAAAGAGGCUGCUGAGCUGAGGGAUCCCACAGAGCACUACCAUGCCCAGCCACUGGAAGACAACCUCUUUGAAUGGCACUUCUCCGUACGUGGGCCUCCAGAUUCAGAUUUUGAUGGUGGGGUUUAUCAUGGCAGGAUUGUACUUCCCCCAGAGUACCCCAUGAAGCCCCCUAGCAUCAUCCUCCUCACACCAAAUGGAAGAUUUGAAGUUGGGAAGAAGAUUUGUCUGAGCAUCUCUGGCCACCAUCCAGAGACCUGGCAGCCCUCUUGGAGCAUCCGAACUGCCCUAAUAGCUAUAAUCGGAUUCAUGCCAACAAAAGGAGAGGGAGCAAUAGGAUCUCUUGAUUAUACCCCAGAGGAGAGGAGGGCUCUUGCCAAAAAGUCCCAGGACUUCUGCUGUGAGGCGUGUGGCUGCUCCAUGCGCUCUGCCCUCCUGGCUCUGACCCCCAACAGCCACCCCAGUGCUGAGGACUACAAAACCAAAGAACUGGCUCAGCAAAUCAACUUUAAGGCAGAGUCCAGUUUAUCCAGACAGGCAAGUGAGAGUGGAGGUGCAGAAAACCAACCCUCCACACUCACCCAGGAAGACACCUCCACAUCUGCCAGCCAGGAAGCUGCUGAUGGACCCCAGGCUGAACAGGCAGAGCAGUCUCCAGCCACAGAAGCGGAGAGAUCCCCACCCCACACGACCCCCAGCACCGGUCGCCCUCUCAGUCCCCGGCAGCGUCGCAGCCAGCAGCGCAGCCACCAGGCUCAGAGAGACGGCAGAGAUCCAGGCAGCAGGCCAGCCUUCCCCCCGGCCCCCCGGCAGCCUCAGGAGGAAAGCCACGCAGGAUCGGCCGUCCUCAUCGUGGUGCUCACACUGGCCCUGGCUGCACUCAUCUUCCGCAGGAUCUACCUGGCUCACGAGUACAAGUUUGACUACGAGCUGUGAGCACAAACUAGGCCGGCCCCACCCUCCUCACCCCCGAGUCAGACCCUCCUGCCUCCACCCCAAACAAGCUCUGACCAGCUGCAGUGGAAGCAGAGCUGAGGCAGUGGCUGACACACACUUGGCAUCCUGCUCAUCAGCAGAGGGUGUGAUCUCCACAGAGGAGGAACUUUGAUUCCUGCAGGGGAGGCAUUCUACUCACAACAACACCUCCAUGGUGUCUUUUAAUUAAUGUGAAUUUUACUCUCCACAGUCAUACAUUUUUAAGAAUGGGAAGCUUUGUUGUUUGUGAUCAGCUCAGCAGCCACAUACACCACCAAUGUCCCUUCCAUCUAACUGUUAUCUGCCAAUUAUUCCCAUUAUUUAAUUCAGAUUGUAAUAUGAUAUGUCAACAAUAUGGAACUAAAGGUUACUUAAUCACUGAAGCAUCUGCAGAGAGUGUAUGUGCAAUGAGUUUUUCUUCUUUAUGUGCUUUAACUUCUUGUUAGUUAUAGGCCUCUGUUUUAACAGUGAAACAACCAGUGCAGAGCGACAGGCCUCCAGCUGUCGUGGUUCAUAUGGAUGUAGUUGCUGUGGUAUUUGUAUCUCAUGAUGAUAAUGGUCACAUCACACUGUGCUUGAUGUGAUAUCACAGCGCUGUGCAUUUUAAGAAUAAAGCAUGAAAUUCUACUUUUGUUUACUGGAAACAAAAGGCAGGGAGGCCUGGUGAUCUGAUGUCUCCUUCACAACAUUACAACUCUGUAAUUCUGUGACCGUUGUAAUGUGUGACUGCAGGGAUGUUAUCACGCUUCCUACAUGUGAGUAGUGGAGCCUCCCUCUGGGUCACAGUUUCUGACACUGGCCAUCAGAAAAUGUGACCCUGUUGUACCUGGAAAGAGAAAGACUUGAACCCAGAUGUUAGAGUAUAAGUGACCACAGCAUGACUCUGGCCAUGAGAAUAUGUGACCCUGUUGCACCUGGAAUGAAACAGAAAUAUGCAACAUUCAGAUAUUUUCUGGUGUUUGUCCCUUCUCUUGUAAACUUGUAAAAGCAUCUUUCCAACAGCACCUCCUGCAGUCCCACAUUAGGGGGAACACCACUGUUUUUACACAUCAAAGUGUGUCUCCAGCUGUUGAGGAGAACUACUGCAAAUGUGGAGAAGUAAUAAAGAGGUCCAGAGGGAGCUGUGUGGAGUCACAUGUACGGGCCAGGGUUGAAGACAAGUUUGAAAAUGUGUGUUAGAGCUACAUUAGCCACUAACACACCUGAAUCGCUGUCCACACUGUUGGUGGCAAUGUUGCAUUGUGGGUAAUGCAGGUGGCAAGUUUUGACAAGAAGGUAGAGAAAAAGGACAGUCGCUGUGUUUCAAAUUUGAUACUUCAGUUAGUACACUUCCAUGUAGAACACUGUGUGCUCAGUGUACUCAGUAUAUCGGCUGCUUCGCUCACUUAACUUAAAAAAAAAACAAACAUCUGAGUCUCUCAUGUGUUCCUCCUGUUUAAUGCCACAUCUGCGCCAACAACAUAUCCUCCUUCCCCGGCCGCCAUUUUCACAGGUUUGAAAAUACGUCGGUGGUCCCUCCCCUUCUGUAGCCAAGAUGGCAACGGUUGAGAGUGAGAAGAGUUCAUUGUUUCAUUCUCAAGUUUUUGACAGUUUUGUGUCUCCAUCCUGGUUCUUAUAGGUCACUGUAUGACACUGAAUAUCUCCGGUUCUGCUGCAUCCAUUUUCAUCCCCUUUUUUUUCUAACCUAUCCCUGGUGUGUAAGACCUGCUAUAAUUACAUUACACUUUCAUUUUUCAUUUUUCAUCUUUAUUUCAAAGUCUAAGUAUUCUUGUAUAAUUGCUGGAAAUCUGCAUUGCAUUGGUUUGCUUUUUUAAAUGAAACUCCCACUUGUGCUGGCCAUGAUGAUUCCAAAAGCAGAGGGAGAAUUUCAAGGUAAGGAGAGUAAUAUGUAGUGUAUUAAUCCCCAUCAGUCCUGUGAGGUCACCUGUUACCUGAAGUUGUUUUUACUCUUCAGAUCAUAUUAGGGAUUAUCUGCACUAGUAAACAUGAGUGAGGUUCAGUUCAGGUUUCACUCCUCCUUUCACACCUACAACAGGUUUUUUUGUUUUGUUUUGUUUUUUCAUUUGGAUCAGAGUCAGUUUUCUGUGGACACUGUAAUUCCAUUCAUUUGUAUGUUCGUCACUGCCUCUCUCCCUGUCUCCCCUUCUGUUUCAUAAUAUUCACACCACCUCCCCAUGUAUUCAUCUCAUCUGAGGCUGCAUGCUAACAGUCAUGUUUCCCCUGCUUUUAUAAAUAGACCCAAACACUGUCUAAUGUUUACCCUCUUUGAUAUACUCUGAGUUGGGGUUUAUUACUCUGAUGAGACUCAGAGGAACUGGGAAGCAAUUUCAAUUCAUUCUGAUGGCUCUGUGACAUGUACAGCAACUCAGCAGCAUAUAGACAGCCAGGGCUGCUCAUAGCAGUCUUACCUGUUGAGUGGAACAAAUCUAUCUCAGUAGUUUUUUUUCUCUCAUUUGAGUAACAUCUUAUGCCUGCAUGUGUCCAGGUUUUACUUGAAGGCAGCAGAGCUUCUCUAUGAAUAUUCAUGUUGUCCGUAUCUGCCUCUUCAGUUUGUGCCCAGGGCUGGUAUACUGGCAUAUAAACAGAAAAUAAAUGCCUUGAAAGAAAGACCAUA